AUGGCGGCGCCGGGGCGGAGGACGGCGGACGUGUCCUCGUCCUCGCCGGCCCCCUCGCCGUCCCCGGCCGCCCCCUCCUCCACCGGCAGGCGCCUCCUGCGCACCCAGACCGUCGGCAACCUCGGCGAGUCCAUCUUCGACAGCGAGGUCGUGCCCUCCUCGCUCGUCGAGAUCGCGCCCAUCCUCCGCGUCGCCAACGAGGUCGAGGCCACCAACCCGCGCGUCGCCUACCUCUGUCGCUUCUACGCUUUCGAGAAGGCUCACCGCCUCGACCCGACUUCCAGUGGCCGUGGUGUUCGUCAGUUCAAGACCGCACUUUUGCAGAGGCUUGAGAGGGAAAAUGAUCCCACGUUGAAGGGAAGGGUCCACCAGAGCGAUGCUAGGGAAAUGCAGCGCUUCUACCGCGAAUACUACAAAAAAUACAUCCAGGCACUGCAAAAUGCUGCUGAUAAGGCUGCUGACCGUGCACUGCUCACGAAGGCAUACCAAACGGCUGCUGUCUUGUUUGAGGUCUUGAGGGCAGUUAAUGUUUCGCAGUCUGUUGAAGUCGAUCAAGCGAUUUUGGAUACACACAAUAAGGUCGAGGAAAAGAAAAAGUUGUUUUUACCUUACAACAUUCUCCCGCUUGAUCCUGAAAGUACUGGUCAAGCCAUUAUGCAAUAUCCAGAGAUUCAAGCUGCUGUUUAUGCUCUUCGCAAUACUAGAGGUCUGCCAUGGCCAAAGGACCAAGACAAGAAGCCUGAUGACAAGAAUACUGGUAAAGACCUUCUUGAUUGGCUUCAGGCUAUGUUUGGGUUUCAGAAAGACAACGUGUCCAACCAAAGGGAACAUUUGAUACUGUUGCUUGCAAAUGUUCAUAUAAGGAAAAUACCCAAGGCUGACCUACAACCAAAGUUGGAUGACAAAGCUCUGGAUGAUGUGAUGAAGAAGCUAUUUAAGAAUUAUAAGAAGUGGUGCAAGUACCUUGGCCGCAAAAGCAGUUUAUGGUUGCCAACCAUCCAGCAGGAAGUGCAGCAGCGUAAGCUUCUUUAUAUGGGCCUCUACCUGCUGAUUUGGGGUGAGGCGGCUAAUUUGAGAUUCAUGCCAGAGUGUAUUUGUUACAUCUACCAUCAUAUGGCUUUUGAACUCUACGGUAUGCUGGCUGGAAAUGUGAGCCCAAUGACCGGUGAAAAUGUUAAACCAGCAUAUGGUGGUGAUGAAGAAGCCUUUUUGAUGAAAGUCGUGACUCCAAUAUACAAAGUUAUAGAGAAGGAAGCUGAAAGGAGCAAGACCAUGAAAUCAAAGCACUCGCAUUGGAGAAACUAUGAUGAUCUGAAUGAGUACUUUUGGUCAGUUGAUUGUUUCCGGCUAGGAUGGCCUAUGAGAGCUGAUGCUGACUUUUUCAAAACUCCGAAAGAUGCUUAUCUGAAUCUUUUGAAUGGAGAGAACAGAUCUGCAGGCAAUGUCCAUUGGAUGGGAAAAGUUAAUUUUGUGGAGAUACGUUCAUUUUGGCACAUAUUCCGUAGUUUUGACAGGAUGUGGAUCUUCUUAAUAUUGUCCUUACAGGCCAUGAUAAUUAUUGCUUGGAAUGGUGGAACACCAAGUGAUAUCUUUGAUGCUGGAGUAUUUAAGAAGGUUUUGAGCAUAUUUAUUACUGCUGCAAUUUUGAAGUUGGGUCAAGCAAUCCUAGACCUCGUAUUUGGCUGGAAAGCAAGAAGAAGCAUGUCAUUUGCAGUCAAGCUGCGAUAUGUCUUGAAGUUAAUAUCUGCUGCUGCAUGGGUUGUGAUUUUACCUGUGACUUACGCGUACACUUGGGAGAAUCCUACUGGUCUCGCAAGAACAAUAAAAAGCUGGCUUGGUGAUGGUCAGAAUCAGCCAUCUUUGUAUAUAUUGGCCAUAGUGAUAUAUAUGGCACCAAACAUACUUGCUUCUAUGCUAUUUCUUUUCCCAUUUAUGAGAAGAUUUCUAGAGAGUUCAAAUGUUAAGGUCAUAACGAUCAUGAUGUGGUGGUCUCAGCCUCGGUUAUUUGUUGGCAGAGGGAUGCAUGAAGGUGCAUUCUCCCUCUUCAAGUAUACCAUGUUCUGGAUUAUUCUUUUAGCAAUGAAGUUGAUAGUAAGCUUCUAUAUUGAGAUCAAACCUCUGGUACAGCCAACCAAAGAUAUAAUGAGAGAACCUAUCAGGACAUUCCAGUGGCACGAGUUUUUCCCUCAUGGAACUAACAAUAUUGGUGUUGUUAUAUCACUCUGGGCUCCAAUAAUCCUGGUAUAUUUCAUGGACACCCAAAUUUGGUAUGCACUGUUCUCUACUCUGAUUGGUGGCAUCUACGGGGCUUAUCGUCGUCUUGGUGAGAUACGGACAUUAGGCAUGUUGAGAUCUCGCUUUGAAUCUUUGCCUGAGGCCUUCAAUGAUCGCUUGAUUCCUUCUGAUGCAAAUAAGAGUAAAGGUCUUCGUGCUGCUUUUUCAAGUAGACCCAAGGCUCCUGGUGACGAAAGAGAGAGAGAGAAAAGAGCUGCAAGGUUUGCUCAAAUGUGGAACGUUAUUAUUACAAGUUUCCGUGAAGAAGACCUCAUAGACAAUAGGGAGAUGGAUCUGCUACUGGUUCCAUACUGUAAAGACCGUGAACUUGAUAUAUUCCAAUGGCCGCCUUUCCUACUUGCUAGCAAGAUCCCAAUAGCACUGGAUAUGGCAGCAGACAGUGGUGGAAAAGACCGUGAUCUGACGAAGAGGAUAAAAUCAGAUCCAUACUUUUCUUUUGCUAUCAGAGAAUGCUAUGCUUUAUUCAAGAACAUCAUCAAUACCUUAGUGUUUGGUCAGCGGGAGAAAGAUGUCCUAGCACAGAUUUUCACAGUUGUGGAUGAGCAUAUAGAAGAUGAAACUCUGAUAAAGGAUCUCAAUAUGAGGAACCUUCCUGCACUGAGCAAGAAGUUUGUUGAAUUACUUGAAUUACUGCAAAAAAAUAAGGAGGAAGACUUGGGUCAGGUAGUCAUUUUGUUCCAAGAUAUGCUUGAGGUGGUCACAAGGGAUAUAAUGGAGGAGCAGGAUCAGCUCAGCACACUGUUGGAUUCCAUACAUGGUGCCCAUAGUAGAAAACAUGAAGGAAUUACACCGCUAGAUCAGCAAGACCAGUUGUUUGCUAAAGCUAUUAAGUUCCCUGUGGAGGAAUCAAAUGCAUGGACUGAAAAGAUAAAGAGGCUUCAUCUUCUGUUAACUGUGAAGGAGUCUGCUAUGGAUGUUCCUACUAAUCUUGAUGCUAGGCGGCGGAUAUCGUUCUUUGCAAAUUCUCUAUUUAUGGAUAUGCCCAAUGCUCCAAAAGUUCGGAACAUGUUGCCCUUCUCUAUCUUGACUCCUUAUUACAAGGAAGAUGUUCUGUUCUCAUUACAAAAUCUGGAAGAGCCAAAUGAGGACGGAGUUUCCAUUCUUUUCUACUUACAAAAAAUUUACCCAGUAAGAGGGAUGAUGUACUAUCGAAAAGCUUUGGAGCUUCAGGCUUUUCUUGAUAUGGCCAAAGAUGAUGAUCUUAUGGAAGGCUACAGAGCAAUGGAAGUAAUGUCUGAGGACUCACAAUUAAUGACUCAAUGCAAGGCUAUAGCUGACAUGAAGUUUACAUAUGUUGUCUCAUGCCAACAAUAUGGAAUUCAGAAGCGUUCUAAUGAGCCUUGCGCGCAUGAUAUUUUGGGACUAAUGACGGAAUAUCCAUCACUUCGGGUCGCCUAUAUUGAUGAAGUUGAAGCGCCCAGCCAAGAUAGAAACAAGAAGAUUGAAAAGGUUUACUACUCCGUAUUAGUGAAGGCUUCUGUUACAAAACCUAAUGAGCCUGGUCAGAGCCUUGAUCAGGAGCACUAUAUGGAGGAGGCUUUGAAAAUGAGAAAUCUGCUGCAAGAGUUUGAGAAGAAACAUGAUGGAGUGAGAUAUCCAUCAAUACUUGGAGUCAGAGAACACAUAUUUACGGGCAGUGUGUCAUCCCUUGCAUGGUUCAUGUCAAAUCAGGAAACUAGUUUUGUGACAAUUGGACAACGAAAGGGUGGUGUGAGUAAAGCAUCCAAAAUUAUCAAUCUUAGUGAGGACAUAUUUGCAGGAUUCAAUUCCACAUUGCGUGAAGGCAAUGUUACUCACCAUGAAUACAUGCAAGUUGGCAAGGGAAGGGAUGUGGGUCUCAAUCAAAUAUCUCUGUUUGAGGCAAAGAUAGCAAAUGGCAAUGGCGAACAGACGCUGAGCCGUGACAUCUACCGUCUAGGUCAUCGCUUUGAUUUCUUCAGGAUGCUGUCUUGUUACUACACAACAAUUGGUUUCUACUUCAGUACAAUGAUCACAGUAUGGAUUGUAUAUGUUUUCCUCUACGGGCGGUUAUAUCUUGUACUUAGUGGACUUGAUGAAGCACUGGCUACUGGAAGGAGGUUUGUGCACAAUGCACCUCUCCAGGUUGCGCUUGCAUCAGAGUCUUUUGUGCAACUUGGGUUUUUGAUGGCGCUACCCAUGAUGAUGGAAAUCGGUUUGGAGAGAGGAUUCAGAACUGCAUUGAGUGACUUUAUACUGAUGCAACUUCAGUUGGCCUCUGUUUUCUUCACAUUCUCAUUGGGAACAAAAACUCACUACUACGGAAGGACGUUACUCCAUGGAGGAGCUGAAUACAGAGCCACUGGACGUGGGUUUGUGGUGUUCCAUGCCAAAUUUGCUGACAACUAUCGACUUUAUUCCCGUAGCCAUUUUGUCAAGGGCAUCGAGCUGAUGAUUCUACUAGUUGUGUAUGAAAUAUUUGGUCAGUCAUAUAGAGGGGCUAUAACUUACAUCUUCAUCACCAUAUCCAUGUGGUUCAUGGUGGGCACUUGGCUCUUUGCACCAUUCCUGUUCAAUCCUUCUGGAUUUGAGUGGCAGAAGAUUGUGGAUGACUGGACUGAUUGGCACAAGUGGAUCAGCAAUCGUGGAGGUAUUGGUGUAGCACCAGAGAAAAGCUGGGAGUCAUGGUGGGAAAAAGAGCAAGAGCCCCUUCGAUACUCUGGGAAGCGUGGUACUAUUGUUGAAAUACUGCUUGCAUUGCGUUUCUUUAUCUACCAAUAUGGACUUGUGUAUCAUCUGAAUAUAACAAAGAAGAUAACCAAGGAUAACCAGAGUGUGCUGGUUUAUGGCUUCUCAUGGGUUGUAAUUUUUGUCAUUUUACUUGUUAUGAAGACUGUAUCAGUGGGCAGGAGAAGGUUCAGUGCAGAGUUCCAGCUAGUGUUCCGGUUGAUCAAGGGUCUCAUAUUUAUAACUUUUACAGCCAUCGUGGUAAUCCUAAUAGCAAUCCCUGGCAUGACGGUUCUGGACAUCUUUGUUUGCAUCCUUGCUUUCAUGCCCACUGGAUGGGGUUUGCUCCUGAUUGCCCAAGCUAUCAGGCCUGUGAUUCAAAAGAUCGGGCUGUGGGGGUCGAUCAAGGCUCUUGCCCGGGGCUACGAGAUCCUAAUGGGGCUUCUCCUGUUCACGCCCAUUGCCUUCCUCGCCUGGUUCCCGUUCGUGUCCGAAUUCCAGACCAGGAUGCUGUUCAACCAGGCCUUUAGCAGAGGUCUGCAGAUCUCCCGUAUCCUCGGAGGACACAAGAAAGACCGAGGGACCCGUAACAAGGAGUAG